CCUCUGGUGCCUCUACUGCGCAGACGCGAGCGCGGGAACCGGGAAAUUAGGUCUGAGUUCCUACCGAACUUCGCCAGUGUAACUGUGCGCGGCGCUUGGUUGUUUUUAGCAGGAUGAAAGUAAUCACGUGUGAAAUUGCAUGGCACAAUAAAGAGCCAGUGUACAGCUUAGACUUCCAACAUGGUACUGAUGGGAAAAUCAAUAGACUGGCUUCUGCUGGAGUGGACACUGCUGUUCGUAUAUGGAAAGUAGAAAAAGGACCAGAAGGGAUAGCAAUUGUGGAAUUCUUGUCCAAUUUAGCUCGCCAUACCAAAGCUGUGAAUGUUGUGCGUUUUGCUCCCAGUGGUGAAAUUCUAGCAUCUGGUGGAGAUGAUGCUGCAAUUUUGUUGUGGAAGUUGAAUGAUAACAAAGAGUUAGAGCCAGUUGUAUUUCAGGAUGGUGAUGAUGAUAACCAGCUAAACAAAGAGAACUGGACAGUAAUUAAAACUUUAAGAGGUCACUUGGAAGAUGUGUAUGAUAUUUGCUGGACCCCUGAUGGAAACUUCAUGGCAUCUGCAUCAGUUGACAACACAGCUAUUAUGUGGGAUGUCAGUAAAGGGCAAAAGGUUUCCAUUUUUAAUGAACACAAAAGUUAUGUUCAAGGAGUAACAUGGGACCCUGUAGGGCAAUAUAUUGCCACUCUUAGUUGUGAUAGAGUCUUGAGAGUAUAUAACACACAGACUAAGCGAGUGGCAUUUAAUGUUACGAAAAUGCCAUCAGGUGGCGGAUCUGAAGGAGAGGUGAAAAGCUAUCGAAUGUUUCAUGAUGAUAGCAUGAAGUCAUUCUUUCGGAGACUUACUUUUACUCCUGAUGGUUCUCUGCUUCUUGCUCCUGCUGGCUGUGUGGAAGCGGGAGAGAAUGUAACAAACACUACUUACGUUUUUUCCAGAAAAAAUCUGAAAAGGCCUGUAGCUCAUCUGCCUUGUCCAGGGAAGUCAACAUUAGCUGUUCGUUGCUGCCCAGUCUACUUUGAGCUGAGAUCUGCACUUAACAAAGAAGCCACUGCCAAGAAGACUGGACUAAUAAAUCUGCCCUAUCGGUUAGUUUUUGCUGUUGCUUCAGAAGAUUCUGUGCUCUUCUAUGACACACAGCAAUCCUUUCCUUUUGGUUAUGUAUCUAAUAUACAUUACCAUACUCUGAGUGACAUUUCAUGGUCUAGCGAUGGAUCCUUUCUUGCUAUUUCUUCUACGGAUGGAUAUUGUUCUUUUGUGACUUUUGAAGAAGAUGAACUUGGAAUACCACUGAAAGAGAAGCCAAUUAUAAGUGUUGGGACCCCCAGCACAGCUGAGAAGAAAAUUAAAAAGGGUCAGUCUCCCAAUGUUGUCUCCCCAGUUCCCAAAUCUGUGGAUGGCACUCUUUCUAGUAGGACCAUGGAUCCAAGCAGCCCAACUGUACAAUGCACUGCUGUGAUAAACAACAAAGAGUUGCCCUCAACACCUAUUGCUGUCAGAAAAAUUCCAAUGUCUUCCUCAGAAGAGAGGAAACCCAUGCAGCCAUCAAGCUAUAGCUCAAAGAUAAACCAGCCCAAGAGGUUUACACCUAAUACCUUACAAGCAUGGAGUAAGACACCAAGGAGAGUUGCCUUAAUCCCUCUAAAGGCAGAUACUCAAGAGUCAGCAUCUUCAAAUCUCAUCCCUACAGCUUCUUCAACAGAAACAAUUCAGCAUGAGAGGCCGUCACCACCUGAAGACCCUUUGCAAAAUCCACCACCUCCUAAGCGUCUUAGAACUGAUGAAACGUCCAUCUUUGAAUUAUCUGAAAAUGAAAAUAAAAUGUAGUCACUACUAAAGUGCUGAACCUCUGAAUGCUUUCCCUACAAAACACCCAAAUACAUUGCCCAGAUACAUUUACAAAAAACACAUCAUGUGAAAUGGACGCCAAGCAUUCUAAACAAAAUGUUCACUGUACAGUAAGCCAUUAGGCAUCUGCAGGUGUGUAAAUGUCACAUGGUUGUGAAUGUGUCUUAUUUCAGUAAUCCUUUAAAUGCUAAGUUUUCCUGGAAGUCUGUUUCUGGCAGAGAAAAGGCUGUUUUUUUUUAAAAAAAAUGGUUUUAUCUGCUUCAUAAUUAAUUUCACAAGCUAAUUUGCAUCAUGCAGUCCCACAGAGGUUUGUAAUGCAUUCCUUCUGCCUUCAGACUAUUCAUUGUGUCAAUGGUUACCUAAUCUACAGGUACCAAUUAAAUGCAAAUAUCAGAAAAAAACAUUUUUGUCGGUUAUAUGCAACAAGGAACCAAGAGAUUUUAGGCACGUUUUCAAUGGACUAUUACAGAAGAUGAAUUGAAAACAAAGUUCAAAAUCUUAACUGCUAGAUUUCUCUAUCUUAAAAGUAGGCAAAGUUUAAUAAAAAUGGGGUUUGUUUCAUGCAAAUAUUGUAGAUUGUCACACUUCCUCUCUACUUAGGUGCACUUAAAAAUUUGAAAGUUGCAAUGAUAAAAAUAGAAGAAAGGUUUUUGCCAUUUGUGUUUUUAUGUUUACUAAAAAUAAUAAUAUGUUGCUAUAAUUGCAGUGUACAGAAUAAAAGAUUCAACAUUAA